CAUCGAGCAGGCAUCACCAUGGCCAAGAAUUUCCUGAUUCUCACACUGGCUGUAGCCAGCGUGCUGGCAGAACCGCCAGUCAGCCGCCAGUACCUGCCUCCUGGAGGAAACGGCGGCAUCUCUACCCAGUACGGUGCUCCAAACGGCGGUGCCAACGGGUUUGGCCGAACGAAUGGCCUGUCGACCAGAUAUGGUGCUCCCAAUGGGAACGGAUUCGGUGGACGCAACGGAAUUUCUACUCAGUAUGGAGCUCCUGGUGCCAAUGGAUUUGGAAGAACCAACGGAGGAGUCUCCUCCUUGUAUGGGGCACCUAAUGGAGUCUUUAGUGGAGGCAAUGGCCUGUCUAACGGCUUUGGUAGAACAAAUGGUGCUCUGUCCACCCAGUAUGGAGUCCCUAAUGGUGGUGCCCUGAACGGAGGUUUUGGGAGAUCCAAUGGCAUUUCCACUCAGUAUGGAGCUCCCAAUGGAAAUGGAUUUGGAAGGGUUAAUGGAGCGUCAAACGGACUCGGAGGCAGAAACGGUCUUUCGAGACAGUAUGGCGCACCCAAUGGAGGAGCAAACGGCUUCAACGGGGCUAGGACCCCUUCUUCUGUGUACGGCGCUCCCAACGGUAACGGUUUCGGAAGGAUGAACGGCCUAUCAACACGGUAUGGCGCCCCGAACGGUGGAGCAGCGAACGGCUUCGGUGGAGGAAACGGCGGCCUGUCUACCCAGUACGGGGCCCCCAAUGGAGGCGCAGGGGCCAAUGGCUUCGGCGCUCCUUCUCCAGUGUACGGAGUCCCUGGUGCAGCUGGUUAUGGCGAAGGAGGUGCCUCCCAGGACGAUCUCUCUGAGCCAGCUAACUAUGAUUUCAACUACUCCGUGGAGGAUGCGCAAACAGGUGCUGAGUUCGGCCACGAGGAGUCGCGACAGGACGAGAGUGCCCAGGGACAGUACCACGUGCUGCUGCCAGAUGGCCGCAAGCAGGUGGUCGACUACGAGGCUGACGAAGGCGGCUACAGGCCGACCAUCAACUACGAAGAGACAGGUCGUGGCAACGGAGGCUACGCCAACGGGGGUUACGCUAACGGUGGAAACGGUGGCUACCCCAGCAGCAACGGUGGCUACUCCAACGGCAACGGUGGCUACGCGAACGGCAACGGUGGCUACUCCAACGGCAACGGUGGCUACGCGAACGGCAACGGUGGCUACUCCAACGGCAACGGUGGCUACGCGAAAGGCAAUGGUGGCUACUCUGGAGCUAAUGGUGGCUAUGCCAAUGGCAGUCGCAACGGAAAUGGAAAUGGUGGAUAUCCGAGGGGCAAUGGUGGCUACUCCAAUGGAAAUGGGCCUUAUGGCGGCCGCAUCCCUCCACACGGCACACUCUCGUCUGACCACCGAGCAGCCACCACCAUGGACAAGAUGUUGGUGCUUCUAACAAUUGCCAUUAUGGGCGUAACGGGCGAGCCCCCAGUGGAUCGUCAGUACCUGCCACCUGGAGGGAACGGUGCCAUUUCUACACAGUAUGGGGCCCCGAAUGGUGGCGCCAACGGAUUGUCGAGGACAAACGGGCUCUCGACGAGGUACGGAGCACCCAAUGGCAACGGUUUCGGCAGGAGCAAUGGUGGUCUCUCCUCCUCCUAUGGUGCACCCAGCAGUGGUGUUCUAAACGGAGGCUUCGGCGGCGGUAAUGGAAGGACAAAUGGAGCUCCGUCAUCACAAUAUGGAGCUCCCAGUGGCGGAGUAUUCAAUGGAGGAAACGGGCUCUCCACACAGUACGGCGCUCCAAACGGAGUUGCGAGAACAAAUGGAGCCACUAACGGGUUCGGAAGAUCUAACGGCCUGUCGACGCAGUAUGGUGCUCCUAACGGAGGAGCGAAUGGAUACAACGGUGCGAGGACGCCGUCAUCACUCUACGGAGCUCCGAACGGUAACGGCUUUGGCAGGAUGAAUGGACUCUCUUCACAGUACGGUGCCCCAAACGGUGCGGGUAACGGUUUUGCUGGAGGAAACGGUGGCCUGUCCACCCAGUAUGGAGCACCCAAUGGAAGGAGCAACGGCGCAGGAUACAACGGUUUUUCUAAUGGGAAUGGCGGUCUUUCUACAGCCUACGGUGCUCCUGGAGCAGCUGGCUAUGGCCGAGGAGGUGCCUCCCAAGACGACCUUUCGGAACCAGCCAACUACGAGUUCAGCUACACGGUGGAGGACGCUGCGACCGGCACCGAGUUCGGGCACGAGGAGUCGCGGCAGGGGGAGAGCGCCCAGGGCCAGUAUCACGUGCUGCUGCCCGACGGUCGCAGGCAGGUGGUCGACUACGAGGCCGACGAGGGCGGCUACAGGCCCACCGUCAACUACGAGGAGACGGGCCGCGGCAACGGCGGAUACGCCAACGGGGGUUACGCUAACGGCGGAAACGGGGGCUACCCCAGCGGCAAUGGUGGUUACUCCAAUGGUAACGGUGGGUACUCGAACGGCAACGGAGGAUACCCCAGCGGCAACGGUGGAUAUCCUGGAGCGAAUGGUGGAUACCCCAGCGGCAACGGUGGAUAUCCUGGAGCGAAUGGGGGCUAUCCCAACGGUAAUGGCGGACAGUCUUCUGGAAACGGGCCGUAUUAAAAUCCGGUGUACAUGGAUACUCUUCAUAGCGCACAAAUAUUUUGUUCAAUACGUAUAUUUAUAUUUUAUUCUGUAAAUAUAUCCUACAAAUGCCGGAUGAAUAUACAUGAAUGCUUGUGUAAAUACGCUUAUUCGAAAUAAAGAUACAGACACUUA